AUACAAUAUCUGUUUGAAAGAUCGAAGGAUGUAGUCUGUCUUCUAUCAUUUUCCCCAUUUAUGCAGUUAAGGCAUAAUGUAUAAACAAAAUAGAAGUUGGAUGUAUGAUAAAGAUGCGGUAUUGUACGGAAUGCAAUCAAAUUUUCUCGAGGGAGUUGGGGAAUUUAUUGAAUUUGCACUUGAACAUCCGGCUUAUAUGAGUGGUGAUAAAAUAACAUGUCCAUGUUCAAAGUGUAAAAAUCUCAAAUUUAAAGACCCACACGAAGUUGGGUAUGAUUUGUACGCGGUCGGUUUUGUUCCCAAUUAUUAUAAUUAGACUUCUCACGGCGAACCUUUGGAUCCAUCUGUUAUACCACAAACGGUAGGUUCGUCUCGUUACGUCCCUCCAGAGAUGAGUGCGUGGGGAGACCGUGCUGAAAUGAGGUGGGACCAACAAAUGGUAUAUGACGCAUACGGUGUACCGAUGUCUCAGUUCAACCCCCCACAACCACCUAACGACCCCCCUGAAGCCUCAACCUCGUAUCAACCAGAUGCGGAUGAAAAUCCGACAUUUUAUCAACCUUAUGUGGAUGAAGGUUUGGCUGAGAGAUUUCAGGAUGUUCUAAAAGCUGCCGACCAACCUCUGUAUGCUGAUUGUGAGGGAUACUCUCAGCUAUCCGCCGUUACUGAAUUCAUGAACAUAAAAGCCGAAUACAGUCUCCCUGAAACUUGCAUGAAUAGAGUCUUGCAGUCAGUAGGAGGGAUGCUACCGCGAGAUCAUACCCUUCCGGAUUCAUAUUACCACAUGAAGCAGUUAAUGUCUAAGUUGGGGCUACCUUGUGUUGAAAUUGAUGCGU